AUGGAGCAGACCUACAUCAUGAUCAAGCCGGACGGCGUGCAGCGCGGCAUUGUGGGCGAGAUCAUCCGUCGAUUCGAGAACCGCGGUUACAAGAUCGCCGCUCUCAAAAUGACCCACGCUUCCGAGGAGCACCUCGAGAAGCACUACAAGGACCUUAAGGGCAAGAAGUUCUUCCCCGGUCUCAUCAAGUACAUGGCCUCGGGUCCCGUCGUCUGCAUCGUCUUCGAGGGCAAGGACGCCGUCAAGACCGGUCGCGUUCUGCUCGGCGCCACCAACCCGCUCGACUCGGCCCCCGGCACCAUCCGCGGCGAUUUUGCGAUUGAUGUCGGCCGCAACGUCUGCCACGGCUCCGACUCCGUCGAGAGCGCCAAGGCUGAGAUCGCGCUUUGGUUCGGCGAACAGGACGCCACCAUCAACUACACCCGCGCUGUCGACUCGUGGAUCUACGAGUAA